CUGCAUCUUCCGGUUAAGUACAAAUUAUGCAGCGCUUCAGUUGUUAUUCACUUCAGCGUGCCUGAACAGAGAGGUGGCGCCAUGUUGAGCCCACAGAAGGAGGGCAUGCCCAGCAUGAUCGACAGCGCCCUGAGGAUGAGGAGAGAGGAGCAGGCUCGACAGGUGGUCCUCGCCUGGGCUGUGCUUAACGUGUCUCUGGCUGGGAUGAUCUACACUGAGAUGUCAGGGAAAUUGCUAAGCCGAUACUAUAACGUCACCUACUGGCCCAUUUGGUACAUUGAACUGGUGCUUGCCUCCCUCUUUAGCCUCAAUGCUCUUUUUGAUUUCUGGAAAUAUUUCAAAUACACCAUGGCUCCAUCCACCAUUGCUGUGUCCCCCCAUCAGCAUCGUCUCCUGGGCCUGAGGAACACAAGUAUUCAGGCCUCACCGCUACAGAAGCCAGAAAAAAAGGAGACCCCGGCUCCAGACCAGUCAUCUCCCCUGCAGGGGCAGAGCGUGCUGAGUUUCAGCCCCUCCCGCCCAGCCACCACCAGCCCCAAGUUCUCCCCCAGUUGUGUAACUGGGUACAGCCCGGCCCAUGGCAGUCCGUCCACCCCAAACAGCGCAGGAGGACCCUUUUCCUCCUCUGUGGCCUUUGGAAAGGUGUUGAACUACAGCCCCUCCCCUGGUUCCUCUCCCUACCCCAGCAGCAUUGGUCCAGCAGAGGGCUCCAGCCUGAGGGCUCGAUACCGCACUUCACCCUCAGUGUUUAACUCCCCAGGCAGCAAGGAGGACUACAUGGAGGAUCUGAAAAGUCUGGAGAGGUUCCUCCGCAUAGAAGAGGAGAAGGGUCACCGCAGCCAACUAGGAAGUCCAGAGGCUGUGUCUCCAAACCACAGUCCAACAUUUUGGAACUACAACCGCUCUGUGGGGGAUUAUGCUCAGAGUCUGAGGAAAUUCCUGUACCAGCCAGCCUGCCGCUCUCUGGCCCCGUCCGCCCACAAGGAUGAGACAGACCUGGGCUCCAAACAGGCUGCAGAGGAGGUGUGGGCCAGAAUCACAACCAGUCGCCCGGUAGUGGACCGCAUCGACAGCUGGACAGCCAAGCUUAGGAAUUGGAUAAGUGACACAAUCUUGGUCCCUCUGGUGAAGGAAAUAGACUCUGUGAACAGCCAGCUCAGGAGGAUCGGCUGCCCUGAGCUCCAGAUAGGAGAGGCCAGUAUAAGCAGCCUGAAACAGGCAGCGUUGAUGAAAGCCUCAUCCAUCCCCACCAUGAACUCUAUGGUCCAGUACCUGGAUAUCACACCCAACCAGGAAUAUCUCAUGGAACAGAUAAAAGAGCUGGCUCACAGCGGCUGCAUGAGCUCCUUCCGUUGGAACAGGGGUGGAGAUCUGAAGAACAGGAAGUGGGACACAGACCUCCCCACUGACUGUGCUAUCCUCAUGCACAUGUUCUGCACAUACCUUGACUCCAGACUACCCCCUCAUCCAAAGUAUCCAGACGGGAAGACGUUCACUUCACAGCACUUCAGCCACACCCCAGACAAACCUGAUGUAACCAAAGAGAACCUCUUCUGCGUUCACCAAAGCAGCACCACUCCUCCUCACUACCAGCUCAUCUACCAGGGACACAUCUACAGUCUACCCAAGGGCCGGAACAACCUGUUCCAUACGAUCCUCAUGUUUCUCUAUGUCAUCAAGGCCAAGGAGUCAGGGAUGCUGGGGAGAGUAAAUCUUGGCCUCUCUGGUGUGAACAUCCUGUGGAUAUUUGAAGACUGAUGCAUUGUAAUUUACAAGCAACAAAGGAAAAAUGCAAUUGGGUGUUAUUUUUUCUUCUCUGUGCUGCCGACACUGGUUGGAAUAUCCACCUUAACAGAAGGACUGCUCUUUAAGGGACACAUCGGGAUGGAAAAAGUGCUUCUCUUUCACAAUAAAUGCAUAUUUUUGGACAGUUUCACAAUUUAUAUCUACACAUUGGUAGCAUGAUGUAUUUCCAUUGAUGCAAUGCUGUAACACCACAGUGUGCUUAUGAUACAAUAGAUAGUUGCAUUUUUAACAUUGAUUGGUUUUCUGAUUUUGUUUAUUUGAGAAUGCACCAGCAUUGUAGCCUUGUAAAAAUAUACCUCAUAACAGGUGGAUUGCAAAGGGUUAAGGCUUGAAUGUAAAUACAGUGAGUUUGGACUUAGUUCUUCAGCAUCAGUAUCAUUUUGCAGCUUUUUCUUGUUUGUUUAUUUUCUCAUCUGUUGUAGAAUUAAUGACUGCAGUAAUGGACAUACCCCCGACAUGUGCUUGAAGUUACUUGUAAAAAAUGGACCUGUGCAAAAUGCAACAACACUCCAAUGAUGUAAUUAUUGGAGUUUUGCUUGCUCACAAAUUUUAGUCCGGGCACAUCAUUAUGUUCAGUGUUCAUUUUAGUUGUGACGGAGAACAAAUGAAAGGUCUCUGGAUGCAUGUCCUCUACAAAGGAGCUGUGAUGCCAUUUAUCCUGACCUGUCAUCAGCCGUUCAUUAAAUUUAAUACUUUUACAUGUUUGCUUGAUUUCAAUUAUGCUAUUUUACAACCGUCACCUGAGACAAAAAAAUCUAAUUUUUGAUACAUAAAAAGAGCUUGGAUUUAGUUUUUUUUACCACUGCUCAAUGCAGUUUUCUGACCAUCAUGGGCAUCCACUUGGUGUCAGUGUAAUCCCUUUUUACUUUUUUACAUAAUAUGACCUUAAUCCUGUUCCCAUUUUCUCUAAUGUCACUGCACAUCCCCUGCACUGUAAUUUUAUGAUGCUGUGUUGUGCCAGUGACGUACAAGUUCUGAUAAUAAAAUGAUUCUGGGUCAACGUUG